AUGUUCUCAAUCGCGACAGCACCGGCCAAGCAGUCCGCGACGGAUACCAUCUCUGUACUUAGCGGAAGGUUAGGCUCUGCUACUCUGCUAGAAGACCGCCGGGCGGCAAUUUUGGGGCUACGAUCGUUUGCAAAAGACUUCCCAGCCACCGUCUCCUCUAGCGCUUUGAGAGGGCUCAUUGGGAGCCUUGCAAAGGACGGAGAGGAUGUUGAUACUGUCAAAGUUGUGCUAGAAACGUUGCUCAUGCUUUUCACACCUAAUGAAGAUAGCCCCGAGACGUCUGAUGAGGUUGUCUUGUGGCUUGCUGAUGAGUUCACACAGCGCCAGGAGAAUGUUACCUUACUGCUCGACUUUCUCGAAACGAACGACUUCUACUCCCGCUUGUACUCGCUACAACUUUUGGGAGCAAUUCUUUCUGCUAGAACUGAACGAACAGAGGAAUGCAUAUUUACCGCGCCGCUCGGCAUACCUCGCUUAGUUGCGACUCUCGACGAUCAACGUGAUGCGAUUCGAAAUGAAGGCAUAAACCUUCUUACAAGCUUGACACCGGCUUCGAUCGAUAUACAGAAGCUAGUCGCGUUCGAAAACGCAUUCGAAAAACUGUUCGCAAUUAUUGAAUCCGAUGGGUCGCUAUCAGAAGGUGGAAGAACUGUAGAGGACUGUCUCAUUCUGUUGGCGAAUUUACUUCGUCGCAAUGCCUCAAACCAGACCCUAUUUCGUGAAUCUGGAUGUAUGAAAAAGUUAGCGGACCUGUUGCACAGUGUUUUGCAACCCGAAAAUGGCGAAGAUGUGGCAAUUUGGGCCCAAUCACAAAGAAACAGAAAUCUGUACGCGUUUCUAGCAAUUCUGCGGCUACUUCUUACACCUGGCUCCGCUGGCGUUUCACGCAACCAAGAGCUACUCUGGAAGCACCGGCUUUGCGCCGACGUACUUCAUUUAGCCUUCAGCCCAGAUGUUCAGAUGGAAAUUAGAGCGGAAGGCUUGAUCGCGUGCGGUGAUAUGAUUCGCGACUCUGCAGUGUUGCAGGAGAACUUUGCUCAGCUUAGUGUCUUACGGGUAGGGGGCAGCCGUCUCUCUGCAAAUGAACUCAGACCUCGCUCACAGGUAUACGUCAUUGAUGGACUGCUUGACCUUAUCCUGAAUCUGCAAGAUAGCGCAGCUUUCAACGUUCGUUAUGCGGCUAAUGAGUGCCUCAAAGCCUACUUCUCUAAUCAUUUGAACGUUCGACUGCAUUUUCUAACAAGAGCUAUUGAAGGCUACCUGACAGGCAGUGAAGAGACAACUAAUGCACUGACUGUUUUGCUGGCGCCCUCUGCCGAUCAAGCGGCAAGCGACCCUUAUCACCUCUGGUUUGCUGCCGUCAUUACGUUUCACUUGCUAUACGAUAACUCUGCUGCCAAAACGAAAGCCCUUUCGCUUACCGAAGGCGAUGCUGCCGAGGACGAGGAGCUAGUGACAAGCAUCCAGACCGUUACAGCACAUCUCCUGACAGGUAUUCGGCGAGGUGCUGAUGCACGUAUAUCGGUCGCUUAUUUGAUGCUUCUGACAAUAUGGCUGUUCGAAGACUUGGACGCAGUGAACGAUUUCCUGUCCGAGGGGAGCAAUAUUCAGAGUCUCAUUCAAGUCAUUUCGCAGCCUAUCCUGGAGGGAAGCGAACUAGUUCAGGGACUUUGCGCCAUGCUUCUCGGCAUUGCUUAUGAAUUUUCUACAAAAGAUUCGCCCGUGACUAGAACGACGUUGCAUUCUAUCCUGAUCACUCGGCUAGAUCGAGAGCAAUAUCUUCAGCGACUCCUCAAACUGCGUUCACAUCCUUUGCUGCGAGACUUUGAAGCAUUACCGCAGAGGAGAGACCCGGCGUUACUCAGUGGCUUAGCGGACGUGUAUUUUGACUCUGUGUUUGUCAACUUUUUCAAAGACAACUAUAGUCGCAUCGCGAGAGCCAUUGAUAGAAGCCCGGAGCUUGAGAUUUCUGUCAUCACCAAUGGUGUCCAGAAAGGAAUCUCUAGAGAACUGGUAGAUUCUCUGCGCGAGCAAAUCCGAGAGAAAGAUAGGGCGAUCGCGGAAGCGAAGUUGGCUUCUGAGUCUCAAGCAUCACGCCUUGGCCAAGAGCAGUGGGAACACCGCCAUUUCAAAGAGGAAGCAAACAAAGAACUGCAGAAGGUUCGAGAGGAUGCCAAACGAGAAACAGCGGCCGCCAAAGCAGUACAGGAAGGUACUCAGAGGUCCCACGAAGCAGAAAUUAGGAAAAUGCAGAGCAUUCAGUCUGCGAAGGAUGCCGAAAGCCAGAAGCAAAUUGUAGCUUUGGAGUCCGCUUUAAUGAAGAAAGAAGCAGAAUUUGAGAAAAACGUUGCGUCCAUGGAAGCGGCUAUUGCUGCCAAGGUUUCUGCUUUGGAACAGCAAUUGAUAGCAGUGAAAAAAGUUGCCAUAACAGAGGCAGAGCACAUAAAAAGGCGCAGUGACGGUGAAAUUGCCGACCUUCGCGCAACCGUCAGUAGCCUAGAAGCCUCUUUGCAAAAGGCAACGAAUGAACGCGAAAGAGAUUUGCAAAACAAGCAAAGUGAGUUACAAGCCAAGUCACGCGAAGCCGACGAACUACGCAACGAACUGCAUUUCUCUCGUGAAAAGCAGACCGCGACGAUAAAAAAGUUGCAGAACAAGACGAAGGAAUUAGAAAAACAGCUCGAAGAAGCCAGGCGACAAUUGGAUGAAGCGCGCAAUGCCACCGCCAAAAUCGAAUCAGUACUCGCAAGCAGUAGAAGGGAGAAAGAGAGCGUCCAAUCCGAGCUCGACGAUCUGCUGAUAGUCUUUACGGAUCUGGAAGACUCAGCGGCAAAGCAAAAGAAACGCCUUCGUGAGCUAGGCGAACCAGUAUCAGAUGGUGAGGAGGACGAAAGCAGCGAUGAGGAGAACGAUGUCGACUAG